GUGCGGUGAUGCGUGAAUUUCAGCUCUCAGGUGUAAGCUGUUUCGCUCCGAGUUACAUACACAAUGCGCACCUCUCCUGUCUGGAUAUUUGCAAUGUUGUUGCAAUUGCAAACGGAAGGAAUAAAGGGCGCAGUUCCCAUAGAGGUCGUUGCCCAGAAAGUGGUGCCGCUGAAGUGGGCGCGGGCGCCAGCGAUAAUACCCAUGAUCCCUGACAAGGAGCCCAUCAUACCGCCCAGCAGGCGCGCUGGAAACGCGGACACGGCGGUGGUGCUUGAAAGAGGUGUGGGAACCAAACAACAUUACUCAGACUGGACGGGACACCGACAAGAAUUGCGAUCACGAAGGUUUCCCGUGGAAGCUGUCCGCGUGUUACCGUGAGACUGGGCGCUUUCUCUCAUAAAAAUCCUGCCCUUGUACACUGUGCGAGAAGAUAACGUUCUGUUGUAUUUUGUUAUUUUAAAAUUAAAGCAAUGAAAAGCUAACUCUAGGUU